CGCGGUCUGCAUGCUUCUAUGAGGUUGUAGUAGUGACAGUGUAGAGUAGCUGUCUUGUGGUGCCAAGGAACUUCACUGUACAACCAGACCCUUGUUACUUGUACCACCUUCACUUCUACUCAACAGCUCGACUACUUGUACUAUAAUCACUCUUAAUGCGCAUCUCCCUCCUCUCCCUCCUCGCAACGGCGGCAGCAGCAGCACACAAUGAAGCACCUCUAGAUAGGCGCCAAAUCGUCGUCACCAUCACUUCCUUCUUCACACCUGGUGUCGGCGGAGCAGGCACACAGUUCCCGGCAGGCGCAGGCUCUUCAACACUGGCCCCGGCCUCCCCUACGCAAGCAAGCACGCUAAGUGCAGACCCGUCUACUUCGAGCGAAUCGUCGAGCAGCAGUUUGCGCAGCUCUACUUCGAGUACCCGAUCAUCUUCUUCCUCGACCCUUUCCUCGAGCUCCAGGCUCACCAGCAGCUCUCGCUCGAGCAGCUCCUCUUCGUCGAGCUCCUCUUCCUCCUCAGCCUCCAGCAGCAGCAGCUCAUCGUCCUCUUCAUCCUCCUCGUCCAUCGUCCCUCUCGAUCCCAUCACAUCCGUGGUCGUCGUCAAUGGUGUUACCCGCGCUCGCCAAACCAGUACGGCCGUCCAGAUUGUCACACUGCGGCCAUCCACAACAGCCAGCACAAGCGCUUCCGUCAAUUCAGGCGCUCAUCCACGUUACCACGCAGCGGGCGAGUCGCGGCUCGGUGUCUUUGUGGUGCUGGCUGCUGCAGCCCUUGCAGGCGGUCUUGCUCUCUAGAAGUGAUCCAGCAAUGCUCUGUACUCUGCCCAUAAUCUCUGUAGUCUAUCAACUCCCGUGUCCUCCCCU